UACUAAGGCCCACCGUGGGGACGGCUGGUCUAUGCAGACUUGCCUUUGAGGGCUCAGGCAGGUCUACCCCUUGGAGUGGAGAUCCAGGGAGCAGAAAUCCAGUAGAUUUUUUUUUAGAGGCUGGCAGCACUUCAGCAGUGAAAAGCCAAUCAGCCUGAUCUUGGCCACCAGCAGCCGAAGAGUUGAGAAAGAAAAGCCAGUUUGGACAUAUGACAUCUUCAGAGCUUUAUGAAGGGCUGCUUUCCUCAUUAUCUCAUGCUGGCUCUCCCAGUUCACAACCAUAGUUCCCUCAUAGGGUUAGGACUAGAUGCCACAUGGCAAGGAUCCCAGCCAGAAGGGGCACUGACAUAUGUCUGAGUUGAGCAAGGCAGAGAAGCAGCUCAGGACACUCAGAUUAUUUCCCCAUACUACCCUAACCCUCCAGAACACUAGGGUCAGAGUCCCCUAGGCAUCAGGCUCCCAGCUCCACACCCUAGCUACACGCUAGAGGGCCAGGGUCUGGGGUUGUUUGAACUUGGUGAAAAAGGGCCACAGUGCUUCUGGUGCCACCCAUAGCCCCCACCCCCUAGAGGCUAAGAUGCCCUGUGACCUGGGGUGGUGAUUAUCAGCUCCCUGUUGUCCAACCCCUCCUCCAGCCUGCCACCUGGGUAAAGAUAAAGUUCAGGGGUCAAAGGCUGGAGGGAACUAUCAGGGAGGGGCAACACUGAGAACCAUAGCCCUGCUGCAGCCCUCCUGUGCUCAGGCCUAGAGCUUCUACCUCCUCCUGACCCCAAGAGCUGGCCAGGUGUUGGCUGUGACUAAGGUCACAUCUUAUCUUCCUGUUUGUCUGGGUUGGGGCUUUACCCAUUUCCUGGGGAUUGUCCCUGGAGGGCUGGGGGUGGGGAGUGUGACUCAGCAAGCACCUUUGCUUAACUUCCCAUAGCAACCAAUGCUGGGCCUAGAGACCAUAACCCAGGACCUAGAAGAACACAAUUCCCACCCCAACUCUAGACUACAAGAAUUGGGACUUGUCUAGGCUGGGCUGGGAGGCAGCUGGGAAGGGAUGAGCAGGCCUAAGGGCUUUCCUGCAAAUUUUAAAUAGAUCACCCAGGUGUAUGACCUGGUAACAUCCGUGCAUCUCUGCCCCAGGUCCCCCAGCUUGUAGAUAACCUUCAUUCAGAGAGAAAGAGAGUCACAGGAGGGGAUGUCCUGGACCCUUCGGGAGCAGAGAAGGUGGCCCUGCCUGGCAGCUCUGGGUGUGACAGGAAAGGGGAUGCUCAAGUCAGGAACCCAAGGGAAGGGACCCAGCUCUAGCUCCAGGAGCCCCAGUAGGCAGCAGCUCCUUGCCCAUGGCUGUCAGGGAGGAUCUGCCACUGGAAUGGUUAACCCAGACACCUCCAGCAGCCAAUCACAGAGCCCAACAGGAAAUACCUGGGAGAGGUCCUGGAGCUGGGGCCAGGCAAGUUGAGCCCAGCCCUAGUCUGGCCCCAGGCAGCCCCAGCAGCCCACAGCCAGCCCAGACGCAAGCAAUCUCCACACAGCACGGAACAGGAGCACUUUGGGGCUUGAGGCAUGGCGUUCCUAGCUUGGCUCACACCAAGGCUCCUGUUGGCCAUGCUUGUGGUCACAGCAACAAUGGCCCAACCCAUCCAGCUGUUAAGCCUGCUCACCUCUGGCCAGGGAGUUCUGGAUCGAGAGGCACUGGACAGCCUGUUAAAUAUGCUUGCGGUCCGUGUGCACUGCACCAACGGGCCGUGUGGAAAGUGCCUGUCUGUGGAGGAUGUCUUGGCCUUGGGCAGGUCUGACAAGCCAGAGCUUGUCCCAGGGUCAGUCCUGGAAUCCAGAUACAUUGGUCAUCUCAGUGCUGCCGCUGCCCUCUACCUUAGCAACCCGGAGGGCACAUGUGAAGAUAUCCAGGCUGGCCGCUUGGCCUCCCGUGUGGACCAUUACCUAGCCCUACUGGAGAGUCCAGAGGCCAUGACUCUGGGCCUGAGCCAGCUACUGUGGAAGAUUGAGGCCCAUACUGCCAACCAGCCCACUGGGGAGGAGACUUGUAUAGAUGUCCCCCAGCUGCUGGAGGAGGCUGAAGAGGCAGGUGCUCCCAGCAGCCCUGGCCCAGUCCUGGCUGCCUUGCUAGACCACGUCAGGAAUGGAUCCUGCUUCCAAGCCCUGCCUAGCCCUCAGUACUUUGUGGACUUUGUGUUCCGGCAGCACAGCAGCGAAGCUCCCAAUAUCACGCUGGCUGAGCUGGAAGUUUUGAUGCAACGCCUUGGAGUGGGUAGAGAGGACCACAGUGACCAUGAUGACCACAGUGACCAUAGUCAUCAGGGCAGGGAGACCAAUUGCCAGACUUCUGAGUCCUGUGCCACCCUCAACAGCAGCUCCAGUGUAUGGGACUCGGUAUGCCUGAGUGCUAAGGAUGUCAUGGCUGUCUAUGGGCUGUCUGAGCAGGCUGGGGUGUCACCUCAGGCCUGGGCCCAACUGAGCCCUGCCCUGGUCCAACAGCAGCUGAGUGGGGCCUGCAGCCACCAGCACAGUGUUCAUACACAGGACCAGCUCAGCCAGGCAGAGAGGUAUCUGUAUGGCUCUCUGGCUACACUGAUCAUCUGCCUCUGUGCUGUGUUCGGCCUCCUGCUGCUCACCUGUGCCAAAUGCAGCACAGCCACCCAUUACAUCAUGCAGACCUUCCUGAGCUUGGCUGUGGGCGCACUCACUGGUGAUGCCCUCUUGCAUCUGACACCCAAGGUGCUGGGGCUGCACACACACAGUGGAGAGGACCACACCCAUGAGGAGGUGGGCAUCGGUGCACAGUCCACCUGGCGCCUGCUGGCUGCUCUUGGAGGCCUCUACAUCUUUUUCCUGUUUGAGCGCCUCUUCAAUCUCCUGUUGCCCAAGGACCAGGAUUCUGAGAAGGAUGGGCCCUGCAACCACGGUGGCCACAGCCACGGAGUGUCCCUGCAGCUGGCACCCAGCGAGCUCCGGCAGCCCAAGCAGCCCCAUGAGGGCUCUCGAGCAGACUUGGUGUCAGAGGAGAGCCCAGAACUACUGAACCCGGAACCCCAGGAGCUGAAAGCAGAGCUGAGGCUGCUGCCCUAUCUGAUCACUCUGGGUGAUGCGGUGCACAACUUCGCUGACGGGCUUGCUGUGGGCGCAGCCUUCGCAUCUUCAUGGAAGACUGGGCUGGCCACUUCUCUGGCAGUGUUCUGCCACGAGCUGCCCCACGAACUGGGGGACUUCGCCGCCCUCCUGCACGCUGGGCUGACGGUGCGGCGUGCGUUGCUGCUAAAUCUGGCCUCUGCACUCACGGCGUUCGCUGGCCUUUAUGUGGCUCUCGCAGUCGGAGUCAGCGAGGAGGGUGAGGCCUGGAUUCUGGCUGUAGCCACCGGCCUCUUCCUCUACGUGGCGCUCUGUGACAUGCUUCCGGCCAUGAUGAGCGUGCGGGACCAGCGGCCCUGGCUCCUUUUCCUGCUUCACAACGUGGGUCUCCUAGGCGGCUGGACCGUCCUUCUGCUGUUGUCCUUGUACGAAGACAACAUCACCUUCUGACAACCCUGUCCCACCCAGUCCCAGUCCCUGUCUUUUGACUGACUCUGCUUUAUCUUUGUGAGACAUUCAUCCUUUGCACCCACUGGGUAGCUAGAGAACCCAAGGCCUUACUUAUUUCCUAUCUCCAAAUUCAAUAAAGACUUCU